UGUGAAAUGAAAGUUUCUUGUGUUUUAUAUGGGAUAAAGUGUUCUAAUAUCCAAAACCAACAAUACCUAGGGAUUUUGUUAGUAACUCCGUUCUCCGUUCCUCUUUUACCCGUAACACACAAACAAACAAACAAACAAACAAACAAACAAACAACUAACCAGGUAGCUGUUAGAAGAAUCAUAAUUUCUGUACCAAAAAAAAAAAAAAGAAGAAUCAUAAUCAUAAUUUCCAACAAUUAAGGUUAAUCAUCUUCAACCUUAAAAAUUCUCAACCAUGUAAGUUGUAACUACCACCCUAUACUACUCUUCAAUAAGCUACACAAAUUUGACUAAUCAUUUUUUCAUUUUUACCACUUAAGUCAACUAUCUUUUUCCUCUUUCUUUUAGGAUUAAUGCAAGAAUUCAAGUUCUAUUAAUUGUUUUUCACAAUGUAUGAUUUGGGUUAAAUCUCAAAAGAAACAAAGAUUACAUCUUUGUUUAAACCAAACAUCAUCACUUAAACAAAUGUAUUGGGUUCAUACUCAAAUCUACAAUAUAAAUUCCCUUUGUUGUUGUUGUUGUUAUUGUUGUUGUUGUUGUUGUUGUUGUUGUUGUUGUUGUUGUUGUUCUUGUUUUGAUUACAAGAAACAAUUAGAAUGAACACUUCAGUUAUUUUCAUCAUAGUAAUUUUAGCUAUUGUGUUUUUCAUUUCUGGUGUCCUCCAACUGUUUGUUAAAUUUCUCAUAAGAAAAAGGUCAUCUUUAACAAUUUCUCAAUCCAAUAACAACCCUCAAAUGUCUGAACCUGAUCCUUACCAAAGACAGUUACAACAACUUUUCAAUCUUCAUGAUUCAGGUUUAGAUCAAGCUUUCAUUGAUGCUUUACCAGUUUUUCUUUACAAAGAGAUAAUAGGUAAUUUGAAAGAACCGUUUGAUUGUGCUGUUUGUCUUUGUCAAUUCACAGAACAAGACAUGUUGAGAUUGUUGCCUCUAUGUAAUCAUGCUUUUCAUAUUGAUUGCAUAGAUACAUGGCUUUUGUCUAAUUCAACUUGUCCUCUUUGUAGAGGGAGUCUUUAUGAACAUGGGUUUGGCUUUGAAAAUAAUCCUGUUUAUGACUUUGAGAGUUUAAGGGAAGAAGAAGAUAGGGUUUUUGACAGUGUUGUUGGUGAGGCUAAUUCUGUUAACAAACAUGCAGAAAAUCAUAUAAUGAGUGGUAAAAGGGUUUUUUCUGUUAGGCUUGGAAAAUUUAAAAGCUCAAAUAAUGGAGAAGGGGGUGUGGAAAGAAAUGAAGGAGAGAGUAGUACUAGUACAAGUAUUGUAGAUGAUGUUAGGAGAUGUUAUUCAAUGGGUUCUUACCAAUAUGUUGUUGAUGAUUCAGAUUUGGUAGUGGCUUUGUGUCCUAAUAGAGGUGAAGGAGGUAGCAAUAAUGCUAGUAUGAGAAAAUUGAAAGGUGGGUUUUCUCAAAAUGGGAAUUGUUCCAUUGAUGGUGGGGAUAUUGAAGGGAAGAAAAUCAAUGUUGCUAGGAAAGGUGAAAGCUUUUCUAUUUCAAAGAUUUGGUUAUGGUCUAGGAAGGAUAAGGUAUCAAGUUCAUCACAAUCUCAUUUGGUUAAUUCUAAUGUUAAUUCAACUUUGCCAUGGAUGAAUAGAGAGCUCAAAGAAGCAACUUAGUAUUUUAGAUAACUUCAAAUUUUCAACUCAUUUUUCUUCUUCAUACUAUUAUGAUUUUACUCUUUUGUCUGUUAUACUUGUAAAUUAUGUCAUGUAGAUUUAAUUAAGCUAUAUCCUUUGAAUGAGAAUUGUCUUAAGUGUUUGUAUGGAAAGUAUAUUCCUUUUAUACAAAAUCCAAUUUCUGUACUGUAGUGUAAUAUUUACCGUUGUAAUUUUUUAUUGUAUAGACAAAUGUUAGUAUUUUCUCUUUCAUUUGAAUUUGAAUCUCGAUACUCUUAACUUUUUCGACGGUAGCUCAAAUCCGAUGAGCUAUCCGAUCCUCAAUUUACCCUUGUAAUUUCCUAUAAAGAUUGUCAAAAUCCUCAAUUUACCCUUGUAAUUUCAUAUUGUCAAAAUCAAGCAUAUGUUUUGCUCUUAUGAUGAUGCCCUGGAAAUUAUAGCCGGAAGAGUUUAUGAAGGAAAAUGAAAACAAGAGAGAGUAAUAAUUAGCAGAAACAUCAACUAGACCAUAUGAUUUCAAACAUUUAUGAAGGUGGACCCUUGAUGCCACUAUGAUGUAAUGUUAUAUCUGUGUCACAAAAGUGGCAUUUUUUAGCAAUUACUUGCAAUGAGUUGGGAGAUUAAAGUGAAGUCAAAAUUGGGAGUUGCUUUUUGGAUGCUUUGGUUUUCUCUAGAGGUUUACUUUAAUUAAACCUAUGAGUUAAAAAGAAACAAAAAAUGGAUUCCAUUCCUUCUCUUUCUUUCUGUUUAAGCUUUCCCUUUUAGUUUGAAUUUAACAUUUGAUUACCAAGA